UUUUUGUUUUUCUCCUUCCAUAGUUAUAUUUUGGUGGUGGCAGUAAAAUAAAGAGGAAUAUAAUUAAAAAAAGAAAGCCAUAAACGUCGGUAAAAAGCUGAGAGGGUUGGUACAAAUACACGUCACUGCUUUGUGAAUCGAUUCAAAACCAUAAUCCUGUUCUUCGCGUUGUAUUCUGUUUUUAUGCGACUUUGAUUAUAUUUUUAAGAAAGAUUCCUAAGUGGGCCCGUGUGGGGCCUCUCGCUCCGUUCAAAGUGCAUGAUCUCCAAUCUCUCAGUGACACGUAUCAUCCGAAUAAACCCUAUAGAGCAUGUAAUCAGAAACUUUUAACCACAAGUAGAAAGAAGAGAAAUCUUGGUGACCAAGAGCCGAGGAAGAAGAAGAGGAAGCUGUAACCAUAUUUUGGGUGACAGGCUAUAAGUCAAAGAAUUGAAAGGAGUCACAAAAUGGGACCCACAAUGUGAGCCAUCACCGAUCUCAUGCUUUAACUGAAUAAAAGCUAAAAGCUAAUAUCAUGAUUUCUAAAUCACCCUUUCUACAUGAUUAACUGACUAAUCUUGCCUGCAAUCAACCCAACACUGUUUCUCUUCUCUCUCUCUCUCUCUCUCUCUCCCCUAAAAUGGGGACUGGAGAGGCUUGAGCUGUUUGAUUGAUGAAUCAUGAAAAAAAUGGAUGGUUUAGAUCAUUAGUCAAAGAUGGGUCUCUCUCUCCAAAAAUGGAGCUACAGUGCAUAGAAUCGCACCCAUAUGCUUUAUUCCUUCUUUAGCUCAAGUUACACGACACAAAACACACAACUCCCAAAGGUGAGAAGGUAAAUGAGAAGAAAAUUUUGAAAAGACUGAAAAGAGUCUGAUAAUCCAAGAAAAAGGUGACAAAAGCUUGCAUGUCCCCAAAGAAUUUUUAUAUUUGCAUGCAUACAGGGAUAUUGGGCUUGGAGAGAGAGAGAGAGAGAGAGAGAGAGUCUCUGGUCCAUUUUCAAGAUUUUCUUGAGAUUGCAAGUGAAAAAGAAAGAAGCUUGGGCUCAAAGCAGACCACCCUUUUAUGUUCUAUUCCUGUCUCUCCCUAUAUGUUUUCUCUGCUUUCUUUUCUUUUCCCUCUUUAUUUAGCUUUUCUUUCCAAAGCAUAGAAGCAAAGCAUCUCCUUGUAGGCUCUUGCACACCACUACAUUGUCUUUGCUUUCCCUUGUAAGUUGUAAGUAUUCACCUUUCCUUUCCUUAGAAUUUAGCUGCUUGCCUGCUUCUUUUGUUCUCUGUUUUUAUUUUUUUAAUAUUAUAGAUUUGAAUUUUUAUCUCUCAGUUCAGGAAACCACCCAAAGUUUGGAAUCUAUGAUUAGUUUUGGCCAUUAAUGAGUUCAAAAUCAACCUGGGAUUUUAAUAUUCUAAAUUUCCCUUGGCCCAAUUCUUCUCUGUUUGUUGUGAUGUUGAUGUUCUAUAUGAGCACCCCCUAUUACUAAUUGGAACUUCCUCUUAAACUUCUCCUAAAUUUGGUCUAAUGGCAUGCAUAAGCAAGUUCUGUUGGAUCUCCAUGUUUUAAAAAAUGUGUGAACACAAGGAUAUCUCUGUAUAAUUGAUGGUGUAUUUGGAGCUUUUGAGUUUUACGUCUCUCCCAAUUUAUUCCUUUUAUGAAUUAUUUCAAAGCUGUUUUCUUCAGGGUUGAAUGUCUUCAGGUUUUCUAAAGUUUCACUUGCCUUGUGGAAGUUGUAUUAUCAACAUAUCUGUGAUUUUCAAUUGUUGCCCUCUUCCAUUCUUUCUUUCCUUUACCUUCCUUAAUUUCUUCUCCUUAAUCAUAUACAAUUUUUCAUUCUUUUCACAUCUGAAAAUCUUUGCUUUAUUCUAGCCAUUCUUUUGUGCGUAAUCUAUCUUCAUUUCUUCCUUCCCUUUGACAAUCAGAAAAUAAUCCUAUCUACUAUACCAGAGCAUCAAAUAUAUAGUAAGUGCACAAUCAGAGAAGUAGAAGUGACAAAUUAAAUGAGUUUUAUAACAGGAUCCUCCCAGAAUACUUGGCAUCCAGCCAUGACUGCUAAUACAACCAUAGCCAGAUACUGGCUAAACUGGAGGUUCUUCCUUUGCACCAUUUGGGUCUUAAUGUCAAUAACUAUUGCAUCAAUUCUUAUAUGGAAAAAUGAAAACUUUCACAAAGCCGAACGGGAUAAUGGAGAAAACAAGCAAGAAACCGAAGCAGAUUUGCUUGAUGAUGAAACCUGGAGACCAUGCCUAAAAGGAAUCCACCCAGCCUGGUUGCUAGUUUUCAGAGUUUUUGCUUUCUUUGUGCUUUUGGCGCUGCUGAUUGUUUUUGCUUUAGUGGACGGAGGCAGCAUAUUUUACUACUAUACUCAGUGGACAUUUACUUUAGUCACCAUUUACUUUGGGCUUGGAUCUUUUCUGUCCAUGCGCGGAUGCUACCUCUAUCACAAAAGAGUUAGUGGAGAUAAGGUUGACAAUGUAGAGGUAGAUUCAGAGCAAGGAAACUGUGCUACUCCUACUUCUGCACCUGGAGAAAGUUCCAAUACUUCCAUAGAAAAGAGAAGCUCAAACUCCAAUGAACAAGUUGACAGGCGGCAACCUGCAGGGAAAUGGGCAUUUUUCUUUCAAAUAGUUUUCCAGAUGAAUGCAGGAGCUGUUAUGCUCACAGAUUGUGUAUUUUGGUUUGUAAUUGUUCCAUUCUUUGCAAUCAAGGAUUACCAUCUAACUGCUUUGGUUAUAAGUAUGCAUUCCAUGAAUGCUAUUUUGUUAUUAGGUGAUACUGCCUUAAAUUGCAUGCGGUUUCCUUGGUUUCGGAUUGCAUAUUUCUACAUAUGGACAAUAACAUAUCUCCUGUUCCAGUGGCUUGUUCAUGCUUGUGUCAGACUAUGGUGGCCAUAUCCAUUCCUUGACUUGUCAUCUCCUUAUGCUCCUUUAUGGUACUUCUCUGUGGGAGUAAUGCACAUCCCAUGCUAUGGGAUAUUCGCUUUUAUUAUAAAGCUGAAACACACUCUAUUCUCAAGAUGGUUCCCUGAUUCCUAUCAAUGUCCAAGAUAGCUGAGGUUAAAGAGCCUAGGGAGCUAAACCAAUUUCAAACAUGUUGAAGAAAAUGUGAAUCAUCAUAUAUAUAGAAAGUAACAGAAAUAGAAUAGAGAACAGAAGACCAGAGGUAACAUGUGACAAUAGUGACAUCCUUUGUCAUCAGAAAAGGUAUAAAAAAAUCAUAUCAAUCAGCAAGUUUUGGAAUACACAAAAAUGGUCUAACAAGAAAGCAGCAAUCUUGAGCUUGUAUGGCCAUAGUUAGAGCAGCAUGAUUGUAACUAUAUAUAGAUACUGAAAAGAAUUCAAAAUUCUAAUUUACUUA